AUGCUGCUGCUGGAGACGGGCGAUCAGCAGUUCCGCGACCACUGGAACGGCUUCAAGGAGGCUUGGACCAGCCAGAAGGGCAACGAGCACGUCGUCACCAGCCCCAAGGGCUAUGCGUGGUACAUCAAGGACCUGGGCUGGGGCAACCUGCGCCACAUGGGCAACGCCGCGGCGCUGGUGCUGUGGGGGGCCAAGAGCGAGGGCAACAAGGGGGAACGCGACAGGCUGGUGUGCUGGGCCCACGGCCAGAUCAGCUACGCGCUGGGGGAGGGAGGCCGCUCCUACGUCGUGGGCUUUGGCAAUAACCCGCCUGUGCGGCCCCACCAUCGGGGGGCGUCCUGCCCCUCAGCACCUGCGAACACGGCUGCUUCAACCUUGCUGCUCACAGAGGUGUUUGCGCAAUAA